AGUGGUGGUUUGUGGGCUGGUGGAAUUGACUGACGCACUAGAGAAUAUAUUAUGGAGGUAUGUGACUAGUAAUGCCGCCGAAGAGCGGGCAAUGGUGAGCUUGCUAUCACGGUGACGUGUUGUGUAUAACACGCAAUAUUUGUGGAGCUUGUUUCGAAUUCGUCGCGUCGAGUCACAAUGAAUUUGCUAGAUUCCAUUCGUCGAGCUGUGCUGAAACAAAUGGAAGAAGAAGCUGUCAACCUGUUUUCAAGUGUGAGAGACUUCCGUGAGUUCAUCACAACGACAUGCCCUACAGUUGAUGUCUGUGUGACGCUGAAAAUGUGUUGCGUUCACGUUGAGCGUCUUGAAGGUACCAACGCGACCCGCGUAGUCUUGGUGGACGGAAGGAAGUGUGUGGAAGUCAAUGCAGCCUUGGACAUUGCCAGAGGUUGUGUAGAUUAUCUAGACAAGCACGACGUGGUGCAGGUGACUGUUUGGGAUUCAAAGAGGUCAGACGCUUUCGCUGGCGACUCAAUCAUCGUCUUUCAUGUGGGAGGCAUGUACAUUUUUCAUCACGUGGAGUAUGUCGGACUGUACGAUGAUGUAGCGAAGGGCAGUGUGCAGUUUGAACACGGUAAUUUGAAUAAGGUCCGAGAGAUUGCGCCUCCACUCAAGAAACGGAUGGAUGUGACAGAGGUCUCGCCGUAGUUGUAGGGAUCAAUUUGGCCGACAGCAAAGACGCAAUGGCGUUAACGAUGAAGACGCAGAGAAAUGUGUGGUCCGUGUUGCUGGUUCAGCAGGUAUGGUUGAAGCGGUAUUCUUCCAGUC